GCGGGAGAUAUGCAUGCGCACAUAUAAAUAAGAAAACAACAUAACGGGAGCCGGAGAGGCAGAGAGAUACUGCACUGACUGAGAGGGGGGUCCCUGUAAGGCAAGAGGCGGCCGGGCUGAACUUGACGAAAUAAUGAUUUUAUGAUUUUUCCAAUAUGGACUUGAAGUGCUGCGCUCUCAGUGCUCUUAUAACAUAACAGCAUCUUAUAGUUUGUCUGCUGUUGUCAUCAAACAGGGACUGUGAUUUCACUGUCUGUUAGGACUAUCUCAUAGCCCCCCAGUCGUUUGGGGAUUUGCAGUGUUUGUGGUGCAGCAGCAGACUGGCAGCCCAUCGCCCUGACCUCGCGGUACUUUGUAAUAUCCAUCCCUGUAGAGAGAAUGAAACCCUUUCGCUCUGGUGCCUGUUAAGCAUCUUUAUAGAAUCCCCUUUGGUGUUUUGCAUGAGGACUUUACCCGCGCGCAGUAGGCUAGACGGACAAACACAUUGCGCCAUGCGUCACUCCAAACCUGACGGGAUAUGAACCACUUAUCAUUUGCGCAUCGAUUAAAAACAACUUCACUCUAUUCAGCUUCGUCACCUGAAGAGUUGUUGUUUUUUUUCCCCCUCCCUUCUCAUCAUCCAGAGCAAUUGAAGCAAACUUUUCCUCUCCGGUCCUCCUCCUCCUCCUCCGCCUCCGUCUCUCCCUCUCCGGUGACACCUCCGUAGGAUUUCCAUGAAGCGACGCAUCGGGUGAUUAUACUUUCUUGGGGAUUUUGCUCUUUGUGCACCGGGACAUCAUGUGGACGCCGACGGAGGACGAGAAAAUAGGAGUGGUGAUCUGCAACUUCCGGGGCUCAGUGACUCAGGGUUUGGCUCUGGAGGUGGGAGAGACGGUUCAGAUUCUGGAAAAAUGUGAAGGAUGGUACAGAGGAUUCUCAACGAGGAAGCCAAAUGUCAAGGGAGUUUUCCCAGCCAGCUACAUUCACUUGAAAAAAGCCAUCGUUUCCAACCGAGGGCCACAUGAGACUGUGGUGCCUCUUGAAGACCCCAUUGUUACUGAGGUUACGUCAACACUACAGGAAUGGGCUUUACUAUGGAAGCAGCUCUAUGUGAAACACAAAGUGGAUCUGUUCUACAAGGUUCGCCACGUGAUGAUGGAGCUGAUCGACCUGAGAAGGCAGCUCUUGUCUGGUCACCUGACGCAGGACCAGAGCAGAGACGUCAAGAGACACAUCACCGUCAGAUUGGACUGGGGCAACGAACACCUGGGUCUGGACCUGGUGCCAAGAAAGGAGUUUGAGAUGGUGGAUGAAGACCAGAUAAGCGUGUCAGAUCUUUAUAAGAUGCACCUGUCCAGCAGACACAGUGUACAACAGAGCACCACACAGGGUGACGGUACCCGGCAGCGACACGGGGAGCCGUGCAGAGUUCCAGUUCCUCACCACCUACUGGUCAACCUGAAGAGCUUCACCUACAACAGCAUAGGAGAAGACACCGACAUAUUCUUCUCUUUGUACGACCUGAGGGAGGGGAAGACCAUCAGUGAGAAGUUCAUGGUAAGACUGAACAAGAAUGGAGGACCAAAGAAUCCGGAGAAGGUGGACAGGCUGUGUGCACUCUUCACGGACCUGAGCAACAAAGACAUGAAGAGGGAUCUCUACAUCAUCUCCCAGGUCAUCAGAACAGGUCGUAUGCUGCUGAAUGACAGUAAGAAGGGCCCUCCGCAUGUUCAGUACCGCCGACCGUACGGCUGUGCUGUCCUGGCCAUGAGCGACGUGCUGCAGACCAUCUCAGAGCUCAAAGAGGAGAAAGACUUUGUCCUGAAAGUCUACACGUGUAACAAUGAGAACGAAUGGUACCAGAUUCACGAGAACAUCAUCCGCAAGUCCAGCACCAAAUACACGGCCCCAAGCACCAACUACGGUCUGAUCAUCUCUCUGCAGCUGCUGAGGGGCGACAUGGAGCAGGUCCGCAGAGAGAACCCACUCAUUUUUAGCAGGGGGGUGGCAAUGACACGCAAACUGGGCUUCCCAGAUGUCAUCAUGCCAGGUGACAUCCGUAACGACCUGUACUUGACCCUGGAGCGAGGCGACUUUGAGAGGGGAGGGAAGAGCGUUCAGAAGAACAUUGAAGUCACUGUCUAUGUGCUCUACGCCGACGGAGAGAUCCUCAAGGACUGCAUCUGUCUGGGUUCAGGUGAGCCCAGCGUGCCAGAGCAUCGAUCCUUCGUGCUCUACCAUAACAACAGCCCCCGAUGGAGUGAAGUGAUUAAACUACCGAUUCCUAUCGACCGUUUCAGAGGUUCCCACCUACGCUUCGAGUUCAGACACUGCUCCACGAAGGACAAAGGAGAGAAGAAGCUGUUUGGCUUUGCCUUCACUCCUCUGAUGAGGGAGGAUGGGACCACUCUUUCAGACGAGAGUCACGAACUCUACGUUUACAAGUGCGAUGAGAACACGACCUUCAGUAACCACGCCCUCUACCUUGGCCUGCCCUGCUGCAAAGAAGACUUCAACAGCUGUCCCAGCAUCCCCUCCAGCCUCAUCUUCCAGCGCAGCGCCAAGGAGACGUUCUGGAUCGCCACACAGCUCUCCUCCACCAAGCUGACUCAGAACGUGGACCUACUCGCCCUCCUUAAGUGGAAGGCCCACCCGGACCGGGUCAUGGACAUUCUCGGCCGGCUACGACACGUCAGCGGAGAGGAGAUAGUGAAGUUUCUACAAGACAUUUUGGACACCUUAUUCUCCAUCUUGGAUGACAACACUGACAAAUAUGGACCCCUGGUGUUCCAGUCAUUGGUGUUCAUCAUAAACCUGCUCAGGGACAGUAAAUAUUACCACUUUCGGCCGGUGAUGGACACAUAUAUCCAGAAGCACUUUGCUGGCGCGUUGGCUUACAAAGAGCUGAUCCGCUGUCUGAAGUGGUACAUGGACCGCUCUGCAGAGGUGGUCAGACAGGACCACAUACAGGAAGCAAUGAGGGCCCUCGAGUACCUGUUCAAGUUUAUCGUCCAGUCUCGGAUCCUUUACUCUCGCGCCACCUGCGGGAUGGAGGAGGAGCAGUUCCGCACCAGCAUCCAGGAACUCUUUCAGUCGAUCCGCUUCGUCCUCAGCCUGGACAGCCGCAACUCAGAGACCCUCAUCUUCACACAGGCCGCUCUGUUGAACUCGUUCCCAGCGAUCUUUGAUGAGCUGCUGCAGAUGUUCACGGUGCAGGAAGUGGCAGAGUUUGUGCGCGGCACUCUGGGCAGCAUGCCGUCCACGGUGCACAUAGGACAGUCCAUGGACGUGGUCAAGCUGCAGUCCAUAGCCCGGACAGUGGACAGCAGGCUCUUCUCUUUCCCAGAGUCUCGAAGGAUCCUGCUUCCUGUGGUCCUGCAUCACAUCCAUCUCCAUCUGAGGCAGCAGAAAGAGCUGCUCAUCUGUUCUGGGAUACUCAGCUCUAUAUUCUCUAUUAUCAAGACCAGCUCACUGGACACGUCUGUGCAGGAGGAGGUGGAGAUGAUGGUAGAGUCCCUACUGGACGUCCUCCUCCAGACCCUGCUGUCAAUCAUGAGCAAGAGCCAGUCGCAGGAGGCGGUAAGGGGUCAACGCUGUCCGCAGUGCACCGCGGAGAUCACUGGAGAGUAUGUGUCCUGCCUCCUGUCCCUCCUCCGCCAGAUGACGGACAUCCACUUCCAACACCUGAUGGAAAACUUUCAGAGCAAAGAGGAGCUCAAGGAGUUCUUGUUGAAGAUUUUGUGUGUGUUCAGAAAUCUGAUGAAGCUCAGUAUUUUCCCUCGCGACUGGAACGUCAUGAGGCUCCUCACCAGCAACAUCAUCCUGACCACAGCUCAGUACUUGUCUCCUGCUCUGCACAAGAACUUCACAGAAGCCGACUUUGAUUUUAAGGUGUGGAACUCGUACUUCAGUCUGGCGGUGCUGUACAUCAACCAGCCCAGUUUACAGCUGGAAAGCCUGAGUCCUGCUAAGAAGAAGAAGGUCCUAGACAAGUACGGUGACAUGAGAGUGAUGAUGACCUACGAACUGUUCAGUAUGUGGCAGAACCUUGGUGAGAAUAAGAUCCACUUCAUCCCCGGUAUGAUCGGCCCGUUCCUGGGAGUGACGCUGGUUCCUCAGGUGGAGGUACGAAACAUCAUGAUCCCCAUCUUCCACGACAUGAUGGACUGGGAGCAGCGCAAGAACGGAAACUUCAAACAGGUGGAGGCUGAGCUGAUUGACAAACUGGACAGUUUGGUUUCUGAGGGUAAAGGUGAUGAGAACUACAGAGAACUCUUCGGUUUGCUAACCCAGCUGUUUGGGCCCUACCCCAGUCUGUUGGAAAAAAUCGAGCAGGAGACGUGGAGAGAGACGGGGAUCUCCUUCGUUACCUCGGUCACACGGCUGAUGGAACGACUGCUGGACUACCGGGACUGCAUGAAGGGAGAUGAGACAGAGAACAAGAAGAUUGGCUGCACUGUUAACCUCCUGAACUUCUACAAGUCAGAGAUCAACAAGGAGGAGAUGUACAUCCGCUACAUCCACAAACUGUGUGAUAUGCAUCUACAGGCUGAGAACUACACUGAGGCUGCGUUCACGCUGCUGUUAUACUGGGAGCUGCUGCACUGGGACGAGCGGCCUCUGAAAGAGUUCCUGCAUUAUCCUGCUCAGACUGAGUGGCAUCGCAAGGAGGGGCUCUGCCGCAAAGUCAUCCACUACUUCAACAAGGGAAAGUGCUGGGAGUUUGGUAUUCCUCUGUGCAGGGAGCUGGCCUUCCAGUAUGAAUCUCUGUAUGACUACCAGAGUCUCAGCUGGAUACGGAAAAUGGAGGCAGCGUAUUAUGACAACAUUAUGGAGCAGCAGCGUCUGGAGCCGGAGUUCUUCAGGGUCGGGUUCUACGGCAGGAAGUUCCCCUUCUUCCUCAGAAACAAAGAGUUUGUCUGUCGCGGCCAUGACUAUGAAAGGCUUGAGGCCUUCCAGCAAAGGAUGCUGGGAGAAUUCCCACAGGCCAUUGCGAUGCAGCACCCCAAUCAGCCAGAUGAGGCCAUCCUGCAGUGUGACGCACAGUACCUCCAGAUCUACGCAGUGACGCCGGUACCGGACAGCGUCACCGUCCUCCAGAUGGACAGAGUCCCCGAUCGCAUCAAGAGCUUCUACCGCGUCAACAACGUUCGCCGUUUCCGAUACGACCGACCCUUCCACAAAGGACCCAAAGACCGAGACAACGAGUUCAAGAGUCUUUGGAUUGAGAGGACGACCCUGAUCCUCACCCACCCUCUGCCUGGCAUCUCACGCUGGUUUGAGGUGGACAAGAGAGAGCUGGUGGAGGUGAGUCCGUUAGAAAACGCCAUCUCUGUGGUGGAGAAUAAGAACCAGGAGCUGCGGACUCUGAUCAGCCAGUACCAACACAAGCAGCUGCACGGCAACAUCAACCUGCUCAGCAUGACUCUGAACGGAGUCAUCGACGCCGCCGUUAACGGAGGCAUCGCCAGAUACCAAGAGGCCUUCUUUGAUAAGGAGUACAUCACCAGCCACCCUGAAGACACAGAGAAGAUCACACAGCUCAAAGACCUGAUGCAGGAGCAGGUCCACGUCCUAGGAGUCGGCCUGGCCGUGCACGAGAAGCUGGUGCACCCAGAAAUGCGUCCCCUGCACAAGAAGCUGAUAGAUCAGUUCCAGAUGAUGAGGAGCAGCCUCUGCCAUGGUCUGCCCGGUUUAGAAAAGGCUGGUUCAGGAGCCAACACUCCCCGAGGGAUCCUGGCCUCUCACAGCCCGCUGAGUCCCGAGAGCUUCAAACUCAUGCACCGCCACAGUGAGACUGGGAACGUUGGCAGCCUGCUGAUUCUGGCUGAUGGCAUGGUGGUGGAGCACCCGGAGGACUUCUACCGCAUGCAGGCAAGCCCCUCCUCCUCCAGCCUUAGCUCUACUCACUCGGCGCCCUCACAGAUGAUGAACUCCGCGCCCUCGACCAUCAGAGUCGGCUCUCCUUCUCUGCCAGACAAAUACAGACACAACAGAGAAAUGCUGAUGCUGCUGCCGCCACACAGAGAGAGGCCGAGCAGCGCGAUGUACACCAACAUCACCGAGAACGGACAGGUAAUGAACUUCCAGCGAGCGUUGUUCCAUCAGGUGAUCGGUCCAUGUAAACCCUGCAGCGACCCCAACCUCUCUGUAGCAGAGAAAGUCCUGACCACUCCCAGUAGCUGGAGUUUGGACAGUGGUACCAGGGAGGCCCUCCCCUUCCUGUCUGCUCAUGUUGGCAGUGUCAUGGCGCCUCCUGUUCCCCCACGCAACCUGCCUCAUGGGCAACACCUGUCGAUGCACUUUGACGCUUUCCACCACCAGGUCAGCGACCUCCCUCCAGCUCUCCCUGCGCGCUCCUUAAGAAAGUCUCCGCUGCACCCUAUACCUGCCUCGCCCACCAGUCCACAGUCCAUCCUGGAUGGCAGUAACUCCACCUUGUCGGGCAGCGCCAGCUCUGGAGUCUCCUCCCUCAGCGAGAGCAACUUCGGCGGCCCCGCCUCCUCUUCAGACCCCCCGGCCAGCCGCACAGACACCCUGGAGUCUGUCCCCAGCAGCCAGACCUGGACCACCGACCAGGAAGACCUGGACUCGCCUUACCAGCCCGUCAGGUACAGCAUCUCCGAGCCUGAUGUCCUGGACGGAGUCAAACCCCCGCCCUGCCGCAGCCAAUCCGCCCCGGGAGGCGUCACCCCGGCCCAGGCAGGCGGCCAAACCCAUCCCCAGGCCCCGGGUGCGGCCUCCACCGGAGCUCCACAACAACCACAGCAGCAGGAGGGGCUGCCACACCCCCAACACCACCACUACUACCACCACUUUCACCCGCACUACCUCCCCCACCACCCGCCGCUCUACCACCUCCACGAGCCCCCGCCAGCCCUGCCCCCCAAGCCCUACCUCAGAGAGGGGUGUAUCCCUGAAGAAGACCCCCUUAACACCCAGUCCGCACCCCCUCCUCCUGCACCCCGGCCCAUGCCACGCAAGAUCUCCCAGCCCAUAAUCGCAGCCACCAAGGAUGAGCAAGCUAAAGUGGCGUGGGAGCACGGCAUCAGUGAGUGACGAUGGUGAAACGUGCACGAUUUAAAACGAACAGAAUAUAAACUCUUUUCAGAAGAGAGGAAGAAGCGCCGAACUGAGAGAAACUGUCAGAUCCCCCCCCCCCCAGAUGUCCUGAUAACCAACUAAUCACUGAAAAGGAGAAGCUGGAAAGAUGAAGGUUAAACUGAUCUGCGCUCUCACUCCUCACCCUCAGCACGCCAGCUCCGUGUCCUUAGCUUUCAGCAUUUAACCUUCACGUCCUUGUAUGAGCACACAAAGCUUGAUUUAUUUGCUUGAAUCAACUAUUUAAUCACCUUUUUGUUUCACGAAAAUGUCCAAAAAGUCCAUAUUUCUAAAUUCAGUCGCACCUGUACUGAAAUUUGCACAGAUAAUUAUCCAUCUCAUGUUAGUUAUUGGUUUCAUUUUCAUUGAUAACAUUACUCAAACGUUAUCAUUCAGAAGGUUAAAGAUGUUAAAUAAUAGAAUAACAACAAGGGAUUAUUCCCUGUUGUUACUUCGCUCUGGAGAUAUUUAGACAAGCUGCACUUUAACAAAGCAACAGAGCACCAAAACACACGAGAAUCUAAUCAAAUAUUUUUUAUAAAUAUAAAACUGGAGAGACAGUUAUUAGGGGUUAUGGGAUUAUUUAGAUGCUACAUAAAGAUAAAGUAAAAAUCUUAUUGAAAGCAUGACAAAGACAAAGAAAUUGUAAUAUUGAAGCCAAAACUUCAGUUCAAGAAUCAAACAAACGAUUUAUUGAGAUCCUCCCCCUUCAUGUUCUUCGUCAGAUAAACGUGACGCAGCCGAAAUGUAUUUAUAUUUUCCAACACAGAAAUCAAAGUAUGUAGAUAAAUGUAAUACAGUAUAUAGAAGUAUAUAAAUAUAAUUUAUAUUUAAUCCUUGUUGAAGGUGAAACCUGUGUAGAAAUAUGCAAGAUGAACGGCUUCCUGAGCCGCCAGUAGCUGCUUGAUGAUACACGAUGUGAGGACGCCUCUCGCACAAACACUCUGAAAAUGUUUGCAUCCCACAAUUUUCAGAGGUUAAAGAAAUAAUUUUAUUUAAGCUUUCGAUGUUUAAAAAGUCAAUUUAACUUUUUUUUUUUUUUUUUUUUUAAGCUGAGGAGGAACUCAAGGGAGGAACCUGUAAAUGUGUUUGAGGCUUCAGAUGGAUGAUGUUUAUAGAUAAUAUUAACUAUAAGAAAUACUUGCUACUUUGCUUUUUGCCAUUUUUUUUUUUUUAUGAAAGAAAUGACUGUACAUUUUUUAACGAGGAAACUCUUUUGUAUGCAUGUUCAUUCAUCUUAAACAGAGACUGUGGGAGAGAUCCACAAAGGUAAACCACUGGAAGCUCUGGGGAACUUCUGUGCACUGACGACUUUGUAGUUUAGGAAGCGGAACCAGAUUUAAUCUUGGUGAUACUGGUGUACAAGUACUGUGAAAGGUACUACUUUUUGUAUUUUGUUUGUUUGUGUUAAAAAUAUAAAACUUUUUACUUUCAGCCACCUGUUUAGAUUAUGUACAUAGUGUCAUCCUGUAAUCUCUCCUCUGCUUUUUGGUUGAAGUGAACAUAAGUGAACUGUGAACAGCUGUUAGCUCACCUGCUUUAGCGUCUUCUGUCACAGCUGUUUGAAAUGCCGGAUCAUGUUCUUACUAUAACCACUGGAAUCCAGGAAGACUAGCUGAGCUUUAGGGAACAGCUAAAAACAAAUAACCGGAGAUUUUCUGUGCACAGACCUGGAUCACAAAGUCUAAAAGAGGCUCUUAAAGAAACAGGAAACUCAAAGUACUGAAUUUGUGGUUUUGCAGAAAGCUCCUAGAAAUUUCCUUUACUGAUGAUCUUAAUAAUGACCAUGUUUGUUUCUUUGCUGUAUUUUUAUUUGAUCUAAAUAUUCUUUAUUCUUUCUUUAUUUCCUGCAUCAAACGCUGGGUUUCAAACAGUAAAAUGUUCAGUCCAAAACUACCUGAUGUGUGAUUGACAGGUUUUCACUGCAGACAAAUUAACGACCUGGACACUAAAUUAACUGCAGCCAUCGUUAUGAUGUUAUUAGUUCCACCUGUGUUUAUGCUGCUGCAACAAGUCAAACUAGUUAAAGGUCUGAUGAACAUUAUUGACACUAUCAGAGGACAAAUGUGAACUUUAAUCUGGAUUCUUCACCAAGUGAAAUAAAAUUAAUAUUUCAGCCCGAACAGGACGCAAAACAAGCAGUUUACAGAGUGAAGAGUCUUUGUGAAGGUUUUCUGCAGGGUGCUGCGUUACUGCUGCUGGAGUUUCCUUCAGCUCUGCAGCAGGGCAGCUGAGGGGAGGUUCAUCUUUAUUUUGUGUAUUUUGCAUCAACGACAGAUCAGAGUACUGCGAUGAUAUUCCUUUGUACUAUGAUGCUAAUCAGAAGUAUUUCUUGUAUAUAAAAGUCUUUAUUGUGUUAGCAUGGGUAUAAACUGUGACGUGUACGACAGUAGAUGUAAAUACUCACGUUUUUUUUUUCCUACUCACUAAACAAACUGCUGUGUUGUGGAUUCAUGAUUUAAUGACAAACAUUAAACAAUGUUUUAUUGACUCA